AUGACGAUGUCCAAUCUUCCUGAGGAUUUGGUAGAGGAAAUACUCUCUAGGGUUCCGGCCACGUCUCUAAAACCAUUACGAUCAACUUGCAAAGGAUGGAAAGCUUUAUUCAAAACGCCAAGAUUCGCCGAGAAGCACUUUCGUAAAGCUCCAAAGCAGUCGCAUGUUGUCAUGUUGAAGAACUCUAGGGUUUUUCCAAUGAACGUAGAUUUCAACGUUGUUCCUCCAUCUAUAGAGUUUAAAGAUGCACUUGAUCUAAAGUGUUCCCUUCGUAAUUCAGAACAACUCGAUAUAGCUGACGUUUUUCACUGCGACGGUUUGUUGUUAUGCAUCACCAGCGGCAAGAGACCCGUGGUUUGGAAUCCGUGCUUAGGGGAAACAAGGUGGAUCCAACACAAAGAUGGUUACGAGUUUUCCGCUGGGUUUGCUCUAGGAUACGGAAAAAACAAAUCUGACCACAGCUACAAAAUCUUGAUGUAUAGGAAUUGUGGUUUUGAUAGAUUUGAAACCUAUGAGUUUAGCUCUAAUUCAUGGAGAGUUGUUAAUACUCCCAAUUGCAUCGUAACAAGAUAUUCCGGCGUGACUUUGAAGGGAAAUACUUACUGGAUUGGUGCUGACGUCGAUGAUGACAAAUCCGAAUACUUGCUCAGUUUUGAUUUUACAGGAGAGAGAUUUAGACGUCUGUGUCUUCCCUCAAGUACGAAUCGUGGUGAGUCUAAGGCUCUAUCAGUUGUUAGAGAGGAAAAACUCUCAGUCUUACAUCACAACUAUGAUACAUCAAAGGUGGAGAUGUGGGUGACCAAUAAAAUUGACACUGAAGCAGACUUGUCAUGGAGUAAAUAUUUUGCAGUGGACGACUUAGAUGGAUAUAUGGAUAAUUGUCAUUAUGCUUCCACGAGUCUUAUAAUCGACGAGGAGAAGAAAGUGGCCUUGUGCUGUAAUUCAGUUUACGACCGCGGCAAGAGGGUGGUGGUAUACACUAUUGGAGAGAACGAUAAAUAUUACACAGAGAUACCUUAUGAUAGAAGAUGGGGGUGGUCCUUUAUUUUCAAUUAUGUUCCAAGUUUGGUUCAAAUCCAAUCAAAAUAA